AACCUCAUGAUAACGCGUUGCAGCACAUUUCGUAUGACAGCCGACCGGAAAUGAAGCUUCCAUUCUCAUAUGCUCGUACAAAUAUAAAGGCCGCAGACUGUCCUAAACGUUUUUCGGUGAACUGACGCAUGCCGGACUACAAAAUUAUGGCUCGCUUGUCGGCAGUGGGCCUGCUAGCGUUAUCACUCGCCAGCGUGGCCUUUGGCCACAAGAGGCAAGAAAAUAGCGGGAGCUUCAGUAAUGGUGGUGGUGGCGUGGACACAGGUGGUUCUGCGGUCUACGGCAGUGGUCUCAGCACUAGCGGAUACAGCAUCCCCUUUCCUAAAUGGUGGCGGAUACGGCGGCUACUUAGGUGUCCCUGUCUUCGGCAAUACUCUUUACGGCAACGGCCUCUACGACAGUACCAAUAACUUCGGCAGUGGCGGAUACGGCAGCUAUGGCUAUGGUGGUGGCGAUGGAAGUGGUGGCUACAGAAGUGGCUACGGCGGUGUCCUCAACGGAGGCUACGGUGGUAGCGGAGUCGGUGGAGGAUAUGGAGGUGGUUUAGUUCCCGGUGGCCACGGUAAUGGUGGAGUCAUAGGAGGCUACAAUGCUGGCGUAUUCGGUGGGGGCUAUGGCAUUAGUGGUACCGGUGCAGGCUACGGAAGUAGCGGAGUAGAUGGAGGCUACAGGGCUGGCGGAGCUGGUAGAGUUGGCGUGGAUCAAGGUAGCGGUGCAGGCUACGGCGGCGGAGAAUUCGGCAGAGGAUACGGUAUUACCAGAGCCGGUGCAGGCUACGGAAGUAAUGGAAUAAAUGGCGGCUACAGUGCUGGCGGAGCCGGUGGAGUAGGCACGGGUCAAGGUAGGGGUGCAGGCUACAGCGGCCGCGGUUUCGGCGGAGGUUACGGCAUUGGCGGAAUCAGCACACGCUAUGGAGGUGCCGUCAACGGAGUCUACGGCGCCGACCAAGGCUAUGGAGGCUACGGGGGUGCCCACGGUUACGACGUCGGCAAGGGAGGUCGCGUCGAUCUCGGUCGAGACUGGCGUCGGCACCAGCUAGAGGAGCGACGACAGCGACGGCGACAAGAGUUGAAACGACGACGAGCAGAACGACGGCGGCGAAACAAGGUGCGACGCGAGCAACGACGGUUGCAGAGGCUGCAACGAUAGAUGGAACGACAGCAGCGAGGAAGUCAACAACGAAAAUGACAACAGCGACAGUAGGAAAAAAACUAAUAGGGUUCUUCAUCGCGCUCUCUAUUAGCGAUCAAUCGGAAGUCAUCUAGCGUGAACACUAAAGAGGCAUAAUAAAAUCAUUUUUCUCUUCGUUUUGAAG